UGGCGCGAGGGACGCGGGGCUGGGCGGGGCUGAGGGUGCGGUGGUCCCCCCCCGCACGGCGCCGCGGUGGGCGCGUCCGGAGCCGCCCGCGCGGCCGGGGAGGGCCCUGUGGCGGGCUCGCAGCGAUGGCGGCGGCCGAGGUGGCGCGGCAGGGCGAAGGCUGUCGCACUGUCCCGCUUUCCGGACAUGUAGGAUUUGACAGUUUGCCUGACCAGCUGGUUAAUAAGUCAGUUAAUCAUGGGUUCUGUUUCAACAUCCUGUGUGUGGGGGAAACUGGCCUCGGUAAGUCUACCCUCAUGGACACGCUUUUCAACACCAAGUUUGAAGGUGACCCAGCAUCUCACUCACAGCCUGGGGUCCAGCUGAAAUCCAGUACCUAUGACCUGCAGGAGAGCAAUGUCAACCUCAAGCUGACCAUUGUGAGCACAGUGGGCUUUGGGGAUCAGAUCAACAAAGAGGACAGCUAUAAGCCCAUCGUCGAGUUCAUUGAUGCUCAGUUUGAAGCCUACUUGCAAGAAGAACUGAAGAUAAAAAGGGCUUUGCACAACUACCAUGACACCCGGAUCCACGCUUGCUUGUACUUCAUUGCUCCGACAGGCCACUCACUGAAAUCCCUGGACUUGGUAACAAUGAAGAAGCUUGACAGCAAGGUGAACAUCAUUCCCAUUAUUGCCAAAUCUGAUGCCAUUUCCAAGAGUGAGCUGACCAAAUUUAAGAUAAAAAUCACAAGCGAACUGGUCAGUAAUGGGGUCCAGAUCUACCAGUUCCCAACAGACGAUGAAUCAGUGGCAGAGAUAAAUGGGACAAUGAAUGCCCACUUGCCAUUUGCAGUGAUCGGGAGCACGGAGGAGCUGAAAAUAGGAAACAAAAUGCUGAAAGCUCGUCAGUACCCCUGGGGCACAGUGCAGGUGGAGAAUGAAGCUCACUGCGACUUUGUGAAGCUGCGGGAGAUGCUGAUUCGCGUGAACAUGGAAGACCUUCGCGAACAGACCCACACACGCCACUAUGAGCUGUACCGGCGAUGUAAGCUGGAAGAGAUGGGUUUCAAGGACACUGAUCCAGACAGCAAACCCUUCAGCUUGCAAGAAACUUAUGAAGCCAAAAGAAAUGAGUUUCUGGGAGAACUGCAGAAAAAGGAAGAGGCAAUGAGACAGAUGUUUGUCCAGAGGGUCAAGGAAAAAGAAGCGGAGCUGAAGGAGGCUGAAAAAGAGCUGCAUGAAAAGUUUGAUCGCCUGAAGAAGUUACAUCAGGAUGAAAAAAAGAAGCUAGAGGAUAAGAAGAAGUCUCUGGAUGAUGAAGUAAAUGCAUUUAAACAAAGGAAGACAGCAGCUGAAUUGCUCCAAUCUCAGGCUCAGCAGGCUGGAGGAUCGCAAACUCUUAAAAGAGAUAAGGAAAGAAAAAAUUCGGGUUUCCUGUAGAACCUUUCCCUUCACACCAGAAGCAAAUGCCCCCACGUUCGGUUAACACGCAGCUAUGCCACUGUGCCUGUUGCUCACCUUUCCUCAUUGCUCCCUUCCUGCAUUCACCAUUUCGUUUUAAGCAAGAGUUCACACCCCUGGCUGUUCUGGGUUAUGGUUUUUCUUGUGAAUAAUCCAGCAGAAGCUUCCGUGGAACUGGCAGGAGAUGCUCAUUGCCGAUCCCUCUCCUGCUUUGGGCAGUCGCAGGCUGCCGAGUGCUCGUAGGGUCAGUGUCGUGCUUCUCAGUUGCUCGGCUUUCUGCCUCUCCCACCGUUUUGUGCGCGGGCUGCGUGGUGGGAGAGCGCGGCUGCCCGGUGCCGGGGGUUCAGCCCUUCGCUGGACCGCUCUGAAUGCAGCCUGAUGCUGCCGUGGAGUGGGAUGUGCUGUCUGAAGAGAUUGGCUGCCCUCUCCCCUUUUUAAUUUGCUGUAUCUAACCCCUCAUUUACCCCCCUUAAUAAUUUUAAAGGAUUUUUUGCAAAACUUGCCGUCCUCACAGGCGUGGACCUGAGUCCAAACCUUUGGUCCCCAGGCUUGAGGGAUUCUCAAACUUGGAUCCAGGGUUUGCAACCAAGUGUUCUCUGGAUGCCGCAGGGGUCAGGAAGGAUCUCGUGCCUUGUCUCCCCCCCGGUGUGCUGACCUGGGUGCGCAUCCCGGAUCCGGUCUCAGGGAAAGCUGGUCACCUUGCUGUACAUAUGCUUGUGAAGAAAGACGAUGAUAUUUCUUCGACUUUCUUCUCAGUGAUUCCAACAAUUUCUGGUUUUAAUGCAAAAAGUAUUACCUUUACAUUUUUUUUACUUGGCAUCUGUUUACAGGUGUACAGAUGCUGGCAAGUUGCUUUUCGUAUGUUCUAUCCAGCAAAAACCUUGUUUUACUGCAGGAAUUGCACUAAAAAGGAGGGUGUUUUGCUCCCUGGGGCCAGGAGUUCACUCUGGCCAAGCGUAACUGUGGUUUGCCUGCAGGUGUUUGUGUAUUUCUGGAUGAGUUUUGUUUUUAAAUAAAGACUUCAUGAGACAGUGAAUGCUGGUUAACAUUUACUUCUUUUGUUUUUUGUUUUCUUUGCCCUUCUUUUACAGUAACCCAUGGCUCUGUACUGAGUAAUUACCCCUGAAUACAAUGGGCUGGAAUGGACCUUCAUUUACUUGUUAAAUCGGAGGGUCUAAUCAAACGUGACAGCAUUUCAGCUGUGACCUUUCCAUGGUGUUACCCUUGCUCUCUCCUAUAUCCUCAUUGUGAUUCUGUCUUUACUAUGUACUGGUGGUUAUUGCUUUUAUUAAACAAUGUAAAAUUUAGUCCUAAGAAGGAUUUGGAUGCUGCAACUUUAAAUCCUACAAGAUUCAUGGAUCCCCCUUUCUCCUGGUCCCUCUUCACCCAGAUAAAUAAGGGAUGUGGAAAUAAGUUCUGUGAGUUAUUUUUGCUGGCAAAAUAACAACGCAGUUUAAAUGUAUUUAUUGGUGACGUUAAAAUGACACCACCACCUUAGUUUAAUUAUCACGUAGUUGAGAUAUAAAAAACGUUUUAUACUGAGUGUUGUUUUCAUUACAUCAUCUAUAUAUUUUUUUUAAUUUGCUUUUAUUUUUUCUUUUGCGAUUUCACGCUGCCUAAAGAUUAGCAUGUAAUCCUCAUUUCCCUGUCAGCCUUGCGUGCUGUGCCCCGCUCCCCCAGCUGCACCGUGUGCGGGCCACGUGGGUGAAUCCGCACGUCCUGACCCUGCUGCCAAAUAGUUCCAACAAAAAGCCUUCACAUCCCGGGUUUUUGGAAGGCAAGACACCUCAGACCCAGCUCUCAUAGGUGGUGUUGGUUUUAGUGCAAGCUGCCGCUGCGAAUUUACUAGCGAGGUGGCCGGGAUGGUGCUGAAGCCUCACAGAGGGUUUCUGCGCACACGGUGUCAGCUGCUCUGGGCAGGUCCAACAACAACCUGGCCUCCGUUUCCGGACUCGAGGCAGGGAAAACUCUUGAUCACAGUGUAUUUUCUCAGGUAUUCUGUUUCGCCAUAAAUAGUUCUAUUACCCAUAAAAGUCUUUGGUUGUUUUGUGGUUUUGUUUUUAACUUUUAAACAAGUUAAAAUAAGUUGAAUAUUCCUCUACUGUUGAAUGUUGGCCUGCUCCCAAAACCAGAGUCAGUCAGUCAACGAUUUCUAGAUUAUCUGCUAAAAUAACCAUUUAAUGUGGCUUUUCUUUUUACCGUGCUGCAGGUCACUGGUUGUUCCUCCCAACCAUUUGCCUUAUUAGAAUGCUAUUGAAAGUUACAUAAAGUCUUUUUAAAGACUCCUAGGAAAAAAGGUUUUCACUUGAAGUACUUCAGGUACCACAAGGAGGUUCCAUCUCUCCUCUGUCAGCUGUUUUCGUGUUGCAUCUUUUUCUUCCUGCUUUUCAAAUGUCUCUCUCUUUUUUGCUAAUCUUCUGUUUUUUUCUCUUUUUUUCCCCUUUUCUCUCUCUGUAGCUUUUUUUAAUCUGUCUUCGCCAGCUGCACGGGGUCUGAGGGAGAAGAUGCCACUGCUAGAAGAGGUUAAGGGUCUUAUGUCUGGGGAGGGGGGAACAAACCUUCAGUGUUAGUGUCUUGGGGAGAAGCUCUUUUACUGACUUGCAUGGUAUCUGAAGUUGAAGUGUCUUGUAAUUUGUGUGACAAGACAGGGUAACAAGUGAUUGUCUACCUGGAAUUUUGAAGAGCAACAGAAAUGUGAUGUUCGGACUAACGAUGUAGCGAAUACACUUUCAAAUGUUGUUACGGGCAUAUGUUUUUUCUAAUUGUGUCUUUAAUAAUAUAAAUGCCAUGGGCUUCCAUGAGGUUUGAAGCCAAAUGAAUAUUUUCAAUACGUUAUUUGAUUGGUUUUGGAAACUGUGCAUUCACAGUCAAAGGAAAUAUAAACAUGGUGCAACUUGCUCUGUUGGCAGCCAUGAAAUAUUUAAUUAACAAAGAAAUAAAGUAAGAAGAACUGUGUGUUUUCA